AUGGCGGUCUGUGUGAUGGGGGUCUUUGGGUCCUCAAAGGCGGCUGUGAAUCCUAAGGCCCAGACUCUCAGUUUCAUCGGGAGCUCCUCUGAGGCUCUUAGAGAAGCUGCUACACAGCUAGCAAAGGAUAUUUCUCUGUUAGAGAGGGAUUUGUUUCUUAUCAAUAUUGGACUCAUUGGUUGCAGCUGGGCCAUGGUGUUUGCUGCUGGAGGCUUAAAAGUGAAACUUUAUGAUAUUGCACAACAACAGCUAACAAGUGCACUGGAAAACAUUCGCAAACAAAUGAAAGAGCUGGAGGAGUCAGGAUUCCUGAAAGGAACUUUGAGUGUGGAGCAGCAGUUGGCUCUCAUUAGCGUCUCUACAGACCUGAAGGCAGCAGUAGAGGGUGCUACUUUCAUUCAGGAAUGUACUCCAGAGAACCUGGAACUGAAAAAGAAGAUUUUCCGUCAGUUAGAUCUCAUUGUUGGUGACAAUGUUAUCUUGAGCAGCUCGACUUCUUGUCUCUUACCCAGCAAAUUGUUCACUGGCCUUAAGCAUGUUAAGCAGUGUAUUGUGUCACAUCCUGUAAAUCCACCUUACUUUGUGCCGUUGGUUGAAAUUGUUCCUCAUCCAGAAACAGAUCCUUCUACUACAGAGAGAACAUAUGCCCUGAUGAAGAAGAUUGGUCAAUCUCCUGUCAAACUAAACAGAGAAAUUGAGGGGUUUGUUCUGAAUCGGCUCCAGUAUGCAGUGAUAAGUGAAGCCUGGAGACUUGUGGGUGAGGGAGUAGCAUCCCCUACUGAUCUAGACCUUGUGAUGUCUGAUGGAUUGGGAAUGCGAUAUGCAUUUAUUGGACCUCUGGAAACCAUGCAUCUUAAUGCAGAAGGUAUUUCAAAUUAUUGCGAAAGAUACCGUGAAGGUAUGAGAUGUGUUCUGAACACCUUUGGACCAGUUCCAGAAUUUUCAGGUGAAAUUGAGCAGAAAGUCAAUCAGGCAAUGUCUGAAAAAAUUCCAGCUGUUCCAAAAGUCCUGGAUACCAGGAGAAAAUGGAGAGAUGAAUGUCUCACUGGUCUUGCCAAACUGAAAAAAGAAAGGAAAUCUGACUGGGAUGCACCUUGUCUAACAGGAGAGACCAAAUGAAGAGCAGAUCUUCAUAAAAAGUGGCAAUUUUUGGUCAUGCAGAAGAGGAGACUGAACGUGCAACCAAUGAUAUGCACAAAUGUAGAGGCCAAUGAAACAUUUGGUCCAAAUUUUUCAUGACAUAAUUAAUGAAUAACUGGAAACAACUAUUAAAAAGCAGUUAAAAUUUAUCAAAUUAUUAUAUAUAUGCAUUAGAUGUGUAAGCAUUAAGUAGCUUUAGCAAUAUUAAUAUUGUGCAAUGCUAGAACACAAUCAUGUUUUAAAUAAUGCAUUUUUCAGCUUGCAUAGGAAUUCAGCACUUGAACAAUAUUUGCUUAUGCAGGGAUCUGAAAUAGGCAAACAUCAGCUGUUUGUCACUGGAGAAAAUAAGCCCUCACCCGCCAAUCACUGUGACAGCGAGGUUAAUUUGUAAAGCACUGACUGUAGAUAGGAGAAGGCCGAGUUGAGCAAAAGAGGAGAUUCACUGGCUGGUGAGCUGAGACCUCAACAGCAGUAAGGGUCACUUGCAACUUAGCUCUGUGACUGUUCCACAAUGUAGGGGAAA